CGAUAAGCGUCAGAGGCAGGAGCAAAUAAUGCUAGCAUAACAUCAGUGGUAUAUGCAUGGCUGCUACCCUGUGUGCUGCGAUCCAUGGGGAGGGAAAUUGUUGAUAUAAAAGCCCAAGCCCAAGCCUGCUUGACACCCACUGCCUGCUCCGCUCCAUCUUCUGCAGACAACGGCAAGCAGCAUCCACACCAUGACGACGACGACGAAACCGCUGUUCUCCACCUUUACGCACAGUGUCGGCGCCAACGCGGCCGGGCACACGCUCACGGCCAAACUGCGCGCCAUUGUCCGGGCGGGCUACGACGCCGUUGAGAUUUUCCAGGACGACCUCGAUGCAUUUGCCUCGUCUGCCGAGUUCCAGGCCAUCUACGAGGCCUCGACGCCGCCCGAGUCGCCCACGUACGCGCAUAGGUCGCUGCAGAAGAGCGGCGCUGACGACGACCAGGGCAAGGACAUGGUCACGGCGGCGCACAAGCCGUCAACAGAGGCAAAAACGGCAUGGAACGCUCACGGUCCAUGCACGCCGACCGAGGUGGCGCGCGAGAUGGCUGCGGCGUCGUACAUUGCCGGUCUCUGCAGCGUGCUGGGCCUCAAGGUGCUGACGCUGCAGCCGCUGCGCGACUACGAGGGAUGGGUCGACGAGGCGGACCGGGACGCAGCCAUGAUGCGCGCCACGUCGAGGUUCCCCGUCAUGCGUGCGCUGGGCACAGACCUGAUGAUCGUCUGCAGCAACAACGUGGGCGCACCAAAGACGACGGGCGACCCUGCCAAGCUGGCCCUCGACCUGGCCGCCCUCGCCGAUGAGGCGGCACGCUACGAUGCCGCAAGCCCCUACUAUCGCACCCAGCCGAUUCGCAUUGCCUACGAGGCUCUGAGCUGGGGCGCCCACGUCGACGUCUGGCGGCAGGCGUACCGCGUCGUUGAGCUGGCCGACCGACGAAACGUGGGCAUCUGCUUCGACUCGUUCAACACCCUCGGCCGCGAGUAUGCCGACCCGUGCUCGCCGUCGGGCAUCCAGCAGCCCGAGGACGCAGCCCUGGCCCGGGUCGAGGCCUCGAUCCGCGACAUUGCCAGGACGGUCCGUGGCGACAAGGUCUUUUUCCUCCAGGUCGGCGAUGCAAGGAAGCUGCCCAGCCCGCUCGCCCCUUCACCCAACGCCGACGAGCCAAGGCCCGCACGCAUGAUCUGGAGCCGGGGCAACCGUCUCUACCCGGGCGAACUGGACCGUGGCGGCUUCAUGCCUGUCACGCACUUUGUCCGCGCCGUCCUCCAGACGGGCUACAAGGGUCCCUGGAGCAUCGAGGUGUUCAACUCCAGCCUCAACGACGAGGGCGACACCGUCGUCGACGAGCAUGCCAGGCGCGGCCAUGUCGGCCUGUCCUGGCUCGCCAAGCAGGUCCUGUAGACGCGCGCGCCCGUCCUUUCUGUCCGUUCGUCCACUCACUGCAGCCGUCGAAUCUUGUCAUCAUCAUUUGUAAACUACAGCAUCAGUCAUUUCAUUAUUCAUCGAUUAGUCCUCAGAAUCA